AUACAGUGUUGUAACGAUGUACAAAUGGUCCUCUAUUUCAUUGGUCUAGGAAUAUGCAGGAAGUACCGCAGGGGGAUCCUAUUAGACUGCUGUAAAACAAAGAGCGAGAAAAAUAACCAAUCGCAUCACUCGUAUCUGCUAGCGUCAAAGAUAGCUGUCCAUGUCCAUCCAUUCUGUUGCUGUCUUCUCAAUUUGAACAGUGCCGUUUAUUCCUUAUUUUUAGAGCUUAAUCAACGCAAACGAAUAUAUCACUUAUGGCCGCGUACAAGCUGGUGUUGAUCCGCCACGGAGAGAGCAACUGGAACCAGGAUAAUCGAUUCUGCGGCUGGUUUGACGCAGAUCUGAGUGAGACUGGAGAACGGGAGGCGAGGAGAGGAGGACAGGCCCUGAAAGAUGCUGGCUAUGAGUUUGACGUGUGCUACACCUCAGUCCUAAAGAGGGCCAUCCGCACUCUGUGGCUGUGUCUGGACAGCAUUGACCAGAUGUGGCUUCCCGUCCACCGGACCUGGCGCCUCAACGAGCGCCACUACGGUGGCCUGACAGGAUUAAACAAGUCAGAGACUGCCGCCAAGCACGGAGAGGCUCAGGUGAAGAUCUGGAGGCGGAGCUUCGAUAUCCCUCCUCCCACUAUGGAUCCGGACCACGACUUCUACACCGUCAUCAGCAAGGACCGUCGUUAUGGUGACCUGUCGGAGGAGCAGCUUCCGUCCUGUGAGAGCCUGAAGGAUACCAUCGCCCGGGCACUGCCCUACUGGAACGACGAGAUUGUCCCCCAGAUCAAACAGGGCAAGAGGGUACUCAUUGCUGCCCACGGCAACAGCCUCAGGGGCAUUGUUAAGCACCUCGAGGGUAUGUCAGAGGAGGCAAUCAUGGAGUUGAACCUGCCCACAGGCAUCCCCAUCCUGUACGAGCUGGACAAGAACCUGAAGCCCGUCAAACCCAUGCAGUUCCUGGGGGAUGAGGAGACUGUCAGGAAGGCUAUGGAGGCCGUGGCAGCCCAGGGCAAAGCCAAGAAGUAGAGGGAGAGAGAGGGGGCACUUUGUGUAUCGUGCAGUAGGAAGUUGCGCUUAUCUAGGAUCAGAUUUUAGCCUCCCACCGAUUCCCAACCUUUCAUUAGGAAGGAAGCAUGUAUAACUGACCCUAGAUCAUUCUCUGUGGGAAGCUUCAUUCUACUCCAUGUGGCACAGAGUAAGGGAUAUGGGUCGGAGUAGAGGGUCAACAAUACUACAGCUCUCAAAGGAGCUCUCACACACUCUGUACAUGUAGUCCAAGAAACAGAGGCACUAAGAAUGUGUGUUCAUAUUCAACUCUACUGUGCAUAUAUAUAUAUAUUUUUUUAAUGAUUAUAAAGUAACUAAUAAGUUAGUAUAAGUGGAUAUUUAUUGACCAAGCUACUUAUAUGGGGACCAAUGACUAUCAAAUCACACAGUCAUCAUUCCACUGGCUUAUUAAUGUUUCUGUAAGACCAA